UGUGACGUUGAGGUGGCUGCUAGGUCACAGAGCGGCUAUCUAUGCUGGAGAAUGGGGUGCGGGUGGGGCGGCGUUCGUAUCUUAGGCCUGAUGAAGUUCUAAAGUUAGCCUGAAGGAGGGAAUCGCACGAGUCAAAAUAACUCUCAAAAUAAACAAACAAGCGAACACUUAAAUGGCCCAUCAAGCACAGCACACAUGAGUUUAAGAACAAAAAGAAAGGUGCCAUGUCUAAACUGCCUGACCUCUCAGCCUGAUAACCAUGCAACUCCCAGAAUGUGGUUCUCAAACAUUAGGAGUAUCAGAAUCUCCUGGAAAGCUGAUAAACAGAUUGCUGGGCCCCAAGUCAGAGUUUUCUCAUUCUGCAGUAUGGGAUGCAGGCAGAGAAUACGCAUUUCUAACAAGUUCCCUGGCGAUGCUGCUGCUGGUCCAGGAACCACACUUUGAGACCCACUGCCCUAGUGACAGUUGGGGCAGGGGUGAGGGUCUUCCACGCCAUCAGCCUUAAGGGUCCACACCACUGAUUUAAUGUUAAGUACUUCUAACCAUGGUUCUCAACCUCCGCUGCAGAUAGAAUCACCUGGGGAGGUUUUAAAACAAAUGGCUAGGCCAUUUUAGAAAUGGCGGCUCCGCUGGGAGGCAUGUUCUCCGGGCAGCCACCCGGACCCCCGCCACCCCCGCCGGGGCUCUUGGACUAGGCUUCGCUUCUUCAGGCCAUACCAGGCGUUCCGAGAACUUCUAACAGUACCUUGGUGGACGAGUUGGAGUCAUUGUUCGAGGCUUGUUUUGCUUCUCUGGUGAGUCAGGAUUAUGUCAAUGGUACAGAUCAGGAAGAAAUUCGAACUGGUGUUGAUCAGUGUAUCCAGAAAUUUCUAGAUAUUGUGAGACAGACAGAAUGUUUUUUCCUACAAAAACGAUUGCAGUUAUCUGUCCAGAAACCAGAGCAAGUUAUCAAAGAGGAUGUCUCGGAACUGAGGAACGAAUUACAGCGGAAGGAUGCUCUGGUCCAGAAGGACUUAACAAAACUGAGACAUUGGCAGCAGGUGCUGGAGGACAUCAACAUGCAGCACAAAAAGCCAGCCGACAUCCCUCAGGGUUCCCUGGCCUACCUCAAGCAGGCAUCUGCAAAUAUCCCUUCACCGAUGAAGCAAACCUGAGGAAAAGCCACCUGAACAUGAGCUGGUGGCUGAGUCAGCCCAGACACAGUUUUGUCAAACAUCACUUCUUGUAGACAUGACAUUUUGGGAGAACUCUUUGCCAGAGAAUAUGAUUUUAGUUUUGUGCUCUCAUCUAAAAUUUUCCCCCUAUUUUUAUAAGUGUUAUUUCUGGAGUACUUUA